AUGUCGUCGUCGGAGGGUGCUCCGGAGUCUUGGAUCUCCUCCUUCUGCUCUUUAAUGGGCCAUGAAUACUUCGCAGAAGUAUCAGAAGAUUUCAUUGAGGAUGACUUCAAUCUGACGGGGCUGCAGUCGCAGGUGCCCAUGUACAAGGAGGCGCUGGAGAUGAUACUGGAUGUGGAGCCGGAAGAGGACGAGGAAGAAGAGGAAGAGGAGGAGGAGGAAGAUGAUGAUGAAAUUUUGGGUGAUGAGAAGCCGCCGGGGUACCGGAGGGCUGGUGAACGAAGACAUACACGCGUGGCGAGCGAUUUGAGCGUGAUUGAGAGCUCCGCCGAACUCCUCUACGGCCUUAUUCACCAGCGGUACAUUACUUCACGACCGGGGAUCCAGCAAAUGCUCGAAAAGUAUGAGAUGCAACACUUCGGCAUCUGCCCUCGCGUCUACUGCAACGGGUGCAAAGUUCUACCGGUGGGACGUUCUGAUACUCCUGGGCAGGAGACUGUGAAGCUCUUUUGUCCGAGUUGCCAAGACCUGUAUACUCCCCCGAAUAGUCGGUUCCAUUCGGUUGAUGGGGCUUUCUUUGGGACCACGUUUGGGUGCUUGUUCUUUAUGACAUUCCCUGAUCUGGAAAUUGGACCACGGUUUGAGACACCCACUGGGCCCUCCUUGCCUUCAACAAACAACCAGGCGUCUUUCCAACCCAGGGAGAUCAACGGCGUACGGACGAUCAAUUUCAGCCCCGGGCUUGGAAAUGGCAAAGUUUACGAGGCAAAGAUUUACGGUUUCCGGGUUUCGGAACGGUCUCGGGCAGGACCGCGCAUGAAGUGGUUACGGAUGAAGCCGGGGGGAUAUCACUGCACUUGA